ACGCCAACACAGGCCGACUGUAGAAGAAUAUUGUUAUUCCAAUACGCCGACUGCCCCGUUUCCGUAUACUGUAAUUUAAAAUACCGCUGAAGCUUAAUGAAGCUUUAUAUCGUUUUUAUCACCUCAUAGUUAACCAGUUGUAUUCGUUUGGUUUCGUAGAAUGUCUUUCCUAACUCCUGCGUUUCUCUGCCUUGUCUGCUCAUUCGUAUUAACCAGCGCAGAAAGUCGAAAAGUCAGCCUUGGAAUAUUUCCUGACGUACCUGGGCGCAACAUGGACAAGAUGUUCAGCAAAGACGAGUUGGAGGAAAUGUUGGAAACUAUUGAGCCAGCUGGUUCGAAUGAACUUUAUGACAGCAUCAAAUAUUCCACAACCGCAACGUCUCUAAAUCUGGCGAAGCAAAUAAUGUGUUACCAAGGAAAAAAGUGGAAUUUGUGGAAUGUCCUCUUGGUCGCUGCGAAAUAUGGGAAAUAUGGUUGCUGGUGUGGCGUCGGUGGUAAAGGAACACCGGUUGAUGGAAUUGACAGCUGCUGCAAAUCGCACGAUCUUUGCUUCAACGCUGCUACGAAAAAGUGGGCACCAAAUUACUCGUCGGUGCAAAUCUAUUUUCACAAAUACAAGAUGUCGUGCCAUCAAAAAUCAACGGCUUGCUAUGGGAGCGGAUUGAGUUUAGCAUUGUGCGAAUGCGACAAGAAGAUUAGCAAGUGUAUUCAUGCAGCUGGGAACUACUGUAGCGGUUUUGCAUUUGGGCAAACGAAGAACUGUUAAAAAUCAAAAUAAACUUCGCAAGAAAACCUCUCUGACUUAGUGAAUAAAAAUAGCUCAUAAACGAAUCUAUUAUUUCGAAACCAAAACCAUUAAGCGAAGCAUACUUAAGGUUAUCGAAAGCGAAGGAUUGGUAAUAUUGCUGUCGGAAAUUUCAAUAGCCAAUGACCCGGAAAUUGUCGAAUGCAGAUACUUAUAAAACUAUAGGUGAAAGCACAGAUUUGGCAUUCUUUCGCAACAGACAUUGUAGAAAAUGGGUCAUGUUUUAGAGUUUGCUGUACUGCUUAUCUUAAUAGUUGGUUUAAGUCAAGCGAAUGCUAACACAGUUUUCAGUAUAUUUGAAGAUCACCACGUCAGUAAAGUUAAGGAAGUAAAUUCGACUGAUAAAUUUGAUUUUCAGUUUUACAAUCGCACAUCAGUUUCUUUUAACCGAACUUACGUGCUGAAAAACGAACACCAUCGGGGCAUCAAAAUAUCUCGCGGCGUUGCUGUAUACAACUUAGGCUUCCAAAUAUCAUGCUACUACGGUUGGUCAUAUACUUCGUACACUUCCGCUACUAUAGCGGCUGAGUAUGGGCGCUAUGGGUGCUGGUGUGGCUAUAAAGGGUCGGGGCAACCGGUAGACGCAACAGACAGAUGCUGUCGAUCCCACGACCGCUGUUAUGGAGCUGCGUUAUCUAGAAUUCAAUUGGUUGUCGCGCCAGCGGUCAAAUCAUUCAUCACCUCAUACGUUACAGUUUGUCAGAACAGAACGUCUACUUGCGUUGGUGGAUUCGAUGUUGGGAGAAGAUUGUGCGAUUGUGAUCGUAAGCUGGCCAAAUGUCUGUACGCAGCAAGGACCAGUUGGAGCUUCUGGCAUUCAGGAGUGUUCGCUAGACGUCGCUGCGGAGCUAACGCGAAAUAAUAACACGACUUCAGCGUUAAUUAAGCAUAACUAAUACCAAUACAUAUGCUAUUACGCUAUUGUUGUAUAAUGAACAUGAUUGCAGAAACACA